CCUAAAAGGAGUACACCUCUUUGUAUCUUCAUUUGCAGCAAAGAGAAGCGGCGCCUCUGCUCGACCCGGCCUCAGCGACUCAAGCUCUCAUCAUGAAGUUCAACAUCGCAAACCCGACUACGGGAUGCCAAAAGAAGCUGGAAAUCGACGAUGACCAGAAGCUACGGGCAUUUUUUGACAAGAGGAUUUCACAGGAAGUCAAUGGAGAUUCUCUUGGAGAGGAAUUUAAGGGCUAUGUUUUCAAAAUCAUGGGAGGCUGUGACAAGCAAGGAUUCCCCAUGAAGCAGGGAGUGUUAACUCCAGGCCGUGUCCGUCUCUUGCUUCGGAGAGGAACUCCUUGCUUCCGUGGGUAUGGUAGGCGCAAUGGAGAGCGUAGGAGGAAGUCUGUGCGUGGAUGCAUCGUCAGCCCAGAUCUUUCUGUUCUGAACUUGGUUAUUGUGAAGAAGGGUGAUCAUGAUCUUCCUGGUCUGACUGACACUGAGAAACCAAGAAUGAGAGGUCCGAAGAGGGCGUCAAAGAUCCGUAAACUUUUCAAUCUCUCAAAGGAGGAUGAUGUUCGCAAGUAUGUGAACACUUACCGUAGAUCUUUUACCAACAAAGCUGGGAAGAAAGUAAGUAAAGCUCCCAAGAUUCAGAGGUUGGUCACUCCAUUGACCUUGCAGAGGAAGCGUGCAAGAAUUGCAGACAAGAAGAAGAGAAUUGCUAAGGCCAAGUCAGAGGCUGCUGAGUACCAGAAGCUCCUUGCCUCAAGGCUGAAGGAGCAAAGAGAUCGUCGUAGUGAGAGCUUAGCCAAGAAAAGGUCCAGGCUCUCUGCUGCAUCUAAGCCAUCUAUUGCAGCAUAGGUCCACGCUCUCGCAAAGACAUUAAAUUUUGGUUAUAAGAUGGAUAUCAUUGAAAUUUUCUAGUAUUCUGAAAUACUUUUAUGAUUGCUUUGUUAGAAGCAUCUUUAAUGCUUUGCUCUUCAUUUGAUGUCGCUGACAUAUUUAUGGUUUCUUAUGUGGGAUUGUUUUUUAA